AGGACCUCAGAGUAAGUUGGAGUCUGCAUUUCUCCUCCAUCCUAUACAAGGAUUGAAACGGGAUGCCCACAUCUGAAUAAUAAAUGAUGUGGCUGUUGGUUUUGCUGGGAUUUUUACCUCUGCUAGGAGCUCUGCCUGAUGUUAUUAGAAUAGGAGGGCUGUUCCACCCUGCCGAUGACAAGCAGGAGACAGCCUUCAGAUAUGCAGUUGAAAGGAUCAACACAGACAACACUAUCCUGCCUCGGUCGAGACUGUCUGCGCAAGUGGAGAAGAUUUCACCACAGGAUAGCUUCCACGCGUCCAAGAGAGUAUGCCACUUGCUGCGGAGUGGGGUGGCGGCCAUCUUCGGACCUCAGAGUGGUCAAACGGCCAGUCACGUCCAGAGUAUCUGUGAUACCAUGGAGAUUCCUCAUCUAGAGACUAGAUGGGACUAUAGACUACGGCGGGAGAGCUGUCUCGUCAACCUGUACCCCCACCCUACCACAUUAUCCAAGGCAUAUGUGGACCUAGUGCAGGCUUGGGGAUGGAAGUCGUUCACCAUCAUCUACGAGAACAACGAAGGUCUUGUAAGACUGCAAGAACUUCUCAAAGCUCACGGACCUUCAGAAUUUCCCAUAGCUGUGAGACAACUUGGCGAAGGCACUGACUACAGACCUUUGCUCAAGCAGAUAAAGAACUCUGCAGAGUCCCACAUAGUUCUUGAUUGUUCUACGGAGAAGAUCUACAAUGUUCUCAAACAAGCACAGCAGAUCGGCAUGAUGAGUGACUACCACAGCUAUCUCAUCACAUCCUUGGAUCUGCACAGUGUGGACCUGGAGGAGUUCAAGUACGGAGGAACCAACAUUACGGCUCUGCGUCUUGUAGACCCUGACAAGCCUGAGCUACAGAAGGUGGUGAGGGAUUGGAGUGCAGGGGAAAGGCGCAAGGGAGAACCUCAUCAUGUGGGGAAUCUUACAUUCAUAAAGACUGAGACAGCGUUGAUGUACGAUGCUGUACAUCUGUUUGCCAAGGCUCUUCACGAUCUCGACAGUUCUCAGCGUAUUGACAUCAAGCCGUUAAGUUGCGAUGCUGUGGACACAUGGCCUCAUGGGUACAGUCUCAUCAACUACAUGAAGAUUGUGGAGAUGAGGGGUCUGACCGGAGUAAUUAAGUUUGACAACCAAGGGUUCCGAUCAAACUUUGUGUUGGAUAUCGUAGAACUGACGAAAGAAGGACUGACCAAGAUUGGAACUUGGAAUUCCACAGAAGGCGUUAACUUCACCCGUACAUACGGCGAAGUUUACACCCAAAUAGUGGAGAGCUUACAGAAUAAAACAUUCAUCGUCACAACAAUCUUGAGCUCGCCCUACUGUAUGAGGAAGGACUCAAGUGAGAAACUGACAGGAAACGCUCAGUUUGAGGGAUAUUCCCUAGACUUGAUCCACGAGAUUUCCAAAAUACUCGGCUUCAACUACACGUUCAGACUUGUACCGGACGGGAAAUAUGGGAGUUUGAACCGAGAGACGAAAGAAUGGGACGGGAUGAUGAAGGAGCUCUUGGAUCAGAGAGCAGAUUUAGCAAUUGCUGACCUCACUAUUACUUAUGACAGAGAGCAAGCCGUCGACUUCACAAUGCCUUUUAUGAAUCUCGGAAUCAGCAUCUUGUACAGGAAGCCCAUCAAGCAACCACCAAAUCUGUUCUCAUUCCUGUCCCCUCUAUCUCUGGAUGUCUGGAUAUACAUGGCUACAGCCUACCUCGGUGUCUCUGUACUGCUCUUCAUACUGGCUAGGUUCACCCCCUACGAAUGGCAGAACCCUCAUCCGUGCAAUCCGAACCCGGACCAUCUGGAGAACCACUUUAGUCUCCCAAACUGUCUCUGGUUUGCCAUUGGCUCACUGAUGCAACAGAGCUGUGACUUUUUGCCCAAAGCGGUGUCCACUCGGAUGGUGGCUGGGAUGUGGUGGUUCUUCACUCUGAUCAUGAUCUCCUCCUACACGGCCAACCUUGCAGCCUUCCUGACAGUGGAGAGGAUGGACUCGCCCAUCGAGAGUGCCGAGGAUUUGGCCAAGCAGACAAAGAUCAAGUACGGAGCGCUAAGAGGAGGAUCUACAGCGGCGUUCUUCAGGGACUCCAACUUCUCGACUUACCAGCGCAUGUGGUCUUUUAUGGAGUCUGCUCGCCCGAGUGUGUUUACAUCCUCGAAUCUGGAGGGAGUGGAGCGAGUGAUCAAGGGAAAAGGCAGCUAUGCUUUCCUCAUGGAGUCAACAAGUAUCGAGUACGUCAUAGAGAGGAACUGCGACCUAACCCAGGUGGGGGGUCUGCUGGACUCCAAGGGAUACGGAAUUGCCAUGCCUCCCAAUUCACCCUACAGAACUGCUAUCAGCGGAGCGAUAUUGAAACUGCAAGAAGAGGGAAAACUGCACAUUUUAAAAACACGUUGGUGGAAAGAGAAGCGAGGAGGCGGAUCUUGUAGGGAUGAUACCACCAAGAGUAGCAGUGCUGCCAACGAGCUAGGACUAGCCAACGUAGGAGGUGUGUUCGUCGUGCUGAUGGGAGGGAUGGGCGUGGCGUGUGUCAUCGCAGUCUGCGAGUUUGUCUGGAAGUCUCGCAAGGUCGCAGUGGAGGAACGGACUUCUUUGUGUUCUGAAAUGGCAACUGAGCUAAGGUACGCGUUCUGUUGCCAUGGUUCCACACGCCCAGCACGUAAAAAACCCCCCAUCGGACCCCCGGCUACAGAGCCCCCUAGGUUUAUGCCCCUUGGACCGUACCCUCAGUAUGGCUUUAUCAGUAAGGAGCCUCUUGCCUGAGGACUACCUUCAGGAAGUGCUCGCUUACAGGAGUACUCCUUCUGAAUUCAUUUGACGAGGACCAAAGGUCGUAGAAAGUUUUUGCACAACACACCAUAUUUUGAUGUUCGGGAUUUGGAUACUGAAGUAGACAUCCUAUCUAUAUGAACUAGAUAUAGUCAUUUUGUUGUUGAAAAACACCACAGUCACUCACAGCGUGUGCUUGUGUCUAAAUUUUCCCAAAAGUUCAACAUUUUGGUAAUUGAAGUGGAAGAGGCUAUAGACAAGAUGUUGUAGGACAAGUUGACAUUCUGUGUGCACAACAUAGAUUAGAAAUUAAAAAUUCACUGUGAUGAUCAAAUUAAACUUAAAAAACCUUCUAAAACUGACCACAUCUUUAACAUGCAAAUGGGGUGUCUCCUCUUCAAGGUCAAAGGUCGCAGUAAUAAAAAUUGACAAGGCAUACUCUGAUAAUCUAGAGAAAGGAAAUUUUAGAUUUCUCGUCCCACCAAGGUUAUCAUUUUAGUUCAACAAACGUUCAGCAAAAUUGUUGAAUUGUGUAAUCAUUCCUCCUCUAAUGUCAUACAGUAUAGAGUUGUUUGUCAUUGAAACAUGUUCCAACUUAGGCUCAGCAAGAAACUAGCAUUGGUUUAAAGUUUAAUAAAUAUAGCACGGUCCACAAGAGUCUGCAGUUGAGGGAGGAGCCUAUUUACCACGUGACUUCGAAGGAGCCAAUGAAGACAGUGUGGUGUUGCUAAAUCUAAUAAUACCAGCUGAUUUGAAAAUAUUGUUUAGUAUAUUUUAAUUAGUGUCGAAAAGUAGUGAACGGGCGAUGUUGCAACCUCAAGCUAGUCCAGUCUUGCUAUUGGCUGCCACCAACUGCAGACUCUCAUGGCCCCUAAUAUAGGUGUCUCUACAACCAUAUUUUUCUCCAUUCCGAGUCGGAUUGCCAUUUCACAUGACUAAUACAGAGGGUUUGUCAGAAUACAAGUGAUAAACGGGGAACAAAGAUUUUAUAGCUCUAACCACACCAAACAUGAUUGUAUAUAGUAUUUUUCAAUAGUAAAUCUUAAUUGUAUAGUUUAUUUAUCCGUCUGCAAAGUUGUUUUAACCAAAUAUAAAAAUUUGGAGGAUAAAAAGUUUGAUUGAAUCCAAAAGAAUUUUGUGUAUUUUUUUACACUAUCGAGCAAUAAAAAGCUGAUAGCUCCAAACAAAAAUUAUAUAACCCUCAAAAAAUUGUUUCAAGAUGUUAACAUCUUCCAGAGUUUGAUUAUGUUUGAUGGAUUAACAUAUAGAUGUUCUUUUUUAAACUUUUUUGUGUGAAUAUGUAGGUUUCAUUGCAAAACCAAACAAUUUUACACGUAAUAGUAGUUUCCAGGUUUUAUAAAUAAGAGCCAAUGUCUUUUCAAACCACUUUGCAGACUGAUAAAACAUAAAUAUUCCAUAAUUGUUUUCUCUUGUGUUAAAAUUUAAAUGUCAUAUCAAUUGGAAUAUGACAGUGCCAAAAACCAGUAUUAUUAGCAAGUAAGUAAGGAUAUUGUUGUGAUAAAAGCAUAAAUCAUACAUUUAAAUUCUUUUCUUCUUCAUAUGUGUAGGUAAAGUAUUUUAUAUACUUGGGUACAAUUCAUUGAAUGUAACCUGUGCGUUUUAUUGAAUUGUAAAACUAGUGUAAUGAUUUUUGUGCCAAGUUGGUUAGUUGUGUAUAGACGUUUAAGGGUUUGCCAUUUCUACGCGGGAAUAAAAAUGAACCUUCAUGCUAUUUGGAAAAUGAAAUAUUUUAUGUUAUAUUUCUUCCUUUUCUAAACACACAUGAUUUUUUUGAAAUUUAGGAAUGAAUCAAAAGUGGAAGAGUCCCACAUGAGAUUUUUUCUUUCAAAAAUUGGCCUACAUGUUCUUAAAAUUGCAAGAUAAAAGUUAACGUAGUUAUUUAACCUGUCAAAACCAACAAAUAAUGUAAAAACAUCAACAAGGUUUUUACAGAAAAUUAAAUUAAAAAAUAAAGAUCUAUAACCAAUCUAUUUAAAGUAUUAAAGGUUCAUUUUCAAAUUUGUACAAAGUUCUGAAAAACUUCUUGAUGUGUUGUUGCAUUUAUCUUGUCUAAGUAUAUAGCCUAUGUGUGUACAUAGUUUUUCACCUUUCAUACAGGUUUAAGAUUAGUUGUAACUGUCCAAAGAUUUGUAUACACUUUUUAUAAUAUUGAUUAUAUACUGUAAAUAAUGUAUAUAUAUGCUAAU